AUUCUCUGUCUGCUGGUAAAUGUAGGUUGUUUUUCUCUCAAGUCUUGGGAUUGAUGUAUUACUCGGCAGGGAAUUUGAUUCUGAUUUUUUUCACUGCUGAGAAUAUUUGCAAAUCAUGAUUGUUUAUCCUUUCUAUAUUCAUGGAUUCUUAGGACUGUACAUCUACUGUUUCACUCCCAGAGGACACUACAAAAAUUCCCUAAUUUAUUUUACGAACACUAUCUCAAUAUCUGUUAAAUCUUUGUACACUCAGAAAAAUUGUCCCAGUUGUGACAGGCUGGAAGCAUAUUGAUCAAGUCACAUUUAAAGAAAGUACAUCAGAAGGUUUGAUUUUUGUCUUUCAAUGGAAAUGUACGUUGUAAUUUUCUUGCAGAAGCAAAGGAUUUACAGCGGAGUCUAGAUUAAUCAUGAAGUUCUCACUUUGUUUCUUGAUGUCUUAUGAAAUUCAAAUACACCUAGCAAAUGGAAAAAUAUUUGCUCGCAUUUGAGUAUUUGUUCUACGUUCAGCUCAAGGAAUUACUAGGUGGACAUUAAUUUUAGUAUUUGAUAAAGUUUUGACUCUAUGCUCGUGUUAUGUGUGACUGUAACAUCUGCUUUAUCAUGUGCAUUGUUAGUUGAAUGACAUUCUUUGGCCUUCAAACACCAUAUAAGUUUAACAUGGAAGAAAUAUAAGAGUUAAUCUGCUGUUGGAAGUGUAUCUUAAUAGAAAGUUUUCUUUGAUUCUCUCUAUCGGCAAGGGAGAGGGAAAAAAUUGUUAGUUCUUUCUUUAUUUGUAUGCAAAUCAACUUAGCACUUGAUGGUUUUUGUUACAGGUUUCUCUCUUCAUGAUACAGAGGUUGUUUCUUCCUGAUUUGUUAUUGGUUGAAACUUUAUAUUAUAUGGCAUUGCUGCGAAUUUAAGCAGACAUGCAGUGUAAAAGCUAUUUCCCAGGAUACUACUCCACUAGGGAUCUAAAUUUAGAAGUUAAUGGCAGUGCAUUUCCCUUCAACAAUAUUGAUAAAAUAUUGAAUAAUGGACACUACUGCCCUGGCAGUUUAUCAUCACCAUCUCCUGAUCUGCAUUUAGGGUGCAACAAGGAAGCAUUGAAGCAGACAAUGCUCAAGCAUGAAUCUAUAUUCAGGGAUCAGAUCCAUGAACUCCAUCGCCUUUACAGAAGACAGAAGGAGUUGAUGGAGGAAGUGAAGAGGACUGAGCUAUGUAAAUAUCACCUCCAGCUUGAAACCUCACAGUCAAAUCCUCUUCUCUCUCAGAGCUCAUUUAAUAAUGUAUUGAAUACAUGGCAAAGCUCCACCUUACCCUGGGCGAACCCUUCUUGUGGUCAAUCACAUGUUUCUGAAUCUAAAAGCAGCUUAUUGCCCCUAAAUUUUGCUGACGGAAAAAAGAGACAAGCUGGUUCUUAUCCUUCUCAAAGAAGCGCAUUCAAGGCAGACUCUGAGUUCUUGGUGUCUGAGGGCAAGAAAUAUGGCAAGAAGAUCUUGGAUCUGGAACUUCCAGCUUAUGAAUAUGCUGAUAGUGAUGAAGAAAAAAUUUUGGAAAAGGAAAAGGUCUCUGAUGUUUCUCAGAUUCUAAGUUAUCCUCUUAAGAGAAAAUUUGAGAUUGUACAUAAGAGAGAUAAAGAACCCUCCAGCAGUAUUUUCUUCAACUCAGAAUUUCAACAGAACAAUUGGACGUCAGGUUGCACUUCUUUAAAAGCAAAAUGUUUAGUAGACUUGAAUGAACCCGUCAAGGCUGAGGAAAAGGCAAAUCCUAGUAGUUCUCUGGGUCCUUUGACUGGCUAUAAAACGAUGAAAUCGUCAGAUCUAUCAGGGAUAGUAGAUUCAGACUUUCAAGUUUUGUCGAAUGAAAGAAAUGAGAUUGGAGACACAAGAGGUGAUGUUGAAAAUUCCUCAAAUGUUUCUCAUUCAGAAAAGAAUAUACUACUAAAAAUUGGUGUCUCUGAUGAUGAUGUUGCAGGGAAAGCUACAAUUGACUUGAAUUCAUCUCCUGAAGGUCCCUGUGCAGAAAAAUCGUCUUUAGUGCAGCACGUGGAGGUCAAGCAACCUCAUGAACUAAUAAGGUCUCACGUGUCCAAUCUGAUUGGUAAAAGAUCAAGGAAUGAAGAUUCACAAAACUUUGGAGAUCUUUGCCCCAGAAGCCAUACUGGGGCAGCUGUAACUUCUUUCAUGAGCACUUCAUAUCGGCACAUUCCUCAUACUGAUGUUCCAGAGAUGUCCUCAGUUUCAUUUAUAAGAAAAAGCAAUCUAGAGGUUACCCCAAUAGCAGUUCAAGCACUCACAUCUUUCAACACUUCUUUAAGUCCCAGGCUUGACAGAAACAAGUUUCUUGAUAAUAGCAGAUUGGCAACUGGCUCAAAUGUAGAUAAUACAGACUCCCCUCAGAGCAGAUUCUGCAAUGGCUUCCAAUCAGACUCCAAGAAGGUGGACGUAAAUCGGUUAUCAAGUAAUGCUGAUGAUUCUGCAUCUUGGUACCACAAUCUUUCAAAAUCUGUCAAAGUCCCCACAGAUGGAAAUUCUUCUAAGGAGGUGAACCUGGACUCUGUGCCUAUUAGUUCUUCAAAUUUGACUGUAGAAACGUAUUGGCAAGAGGGCGGAGAAGGUCCUGUGUUUCAACUUCCAGGGUCCAAGAGAGCACAAGUAGCUCACAGCGGCAACAGCAAGCCAUUAAUCCCGAAGUCCAGAUGGAGGAGAGAAAACUGA